UCUUCUGGAUCCCAGCAGUGUCCAGAAGAAGACCAAGGACAGAACAGAGACUAGGUUCGGUGAGAUGGGACAGAUUUUGGGAAAGAUCAUCAUGAGCCAUCAACCGCAGCCCCAGGAAGAGCAGAGCCCCCAGCGGAGCACCUCAGGGUACCCCCUCCAGGAGGUGGUGGAUGAUGAAGUGUCGGGACCAUCAGCCCCUGGGGUAGAUCCCAGCCCCCCACGUAGGUCCCUUGGCUGGAAAAGGAAGAGGGAGUGUUUGGAUGAAUCUGACGAUGAGCCAGAGCAGGAGCUCGCCCCUGAGCCUGAGGAGACCUGGGUGGCGGAGACGCUGUGUGGCCUCAAGAUGAAGGCGAAGCGACGGCGAGUGUCGCUCGUGCUCCCUGAGUACUACGAGGCCUUCAACAGGCUGCUUGAGGAUCCUGUCAUUAAAAGAUUCCUGGCCUGGGACAAAGAUCUGAGGGUGUCGGACAAGUAUCUCCUGGCUAUGGUCAUAGCGUAUUUCAGCCGGGCCGGCCUCCCCUCCUGGCAAUACCAACGCAUUCAUUUCUUCCUGGCUCUCUAUCUGGCCAAUGACAUGGAGGAGGACGACGAGGCCCCCAAACAAAAGAUCUUCUACUUCCUGUACGGGAAGACCCGCUCUCGCAUACCCUUGCUCCCUAAGCUUUGGUUCCAGUUAUGCCGUUACAUGAACCCGAGGGCCAGGAAGAACUGCUCUCAGAUAGCCUUGUUCCAGAAGCAUCGGUUCCAGUUCUUCUGUUCCAUGCGCUGCAGGGCUUGGGUUUCCCCGGAGGAGUUGGAGGAGAUCCAGGCUUAUGACCCAGAGCACUGGGUGUGGGUGCGAGAUCGCGCCCACCUUUCCUAGAGCUCCAGGGACCGUGGAGGCCUGAGGUCAUCGGCCUGAGAGAAGGUACAUCUGCAUCCUCCGGGGUAAAGGCAGAAUAUUGGGGUCUAUUUCGGAAAUCCAAGGAACCCAAUUGCUUGAUCUGGCUUCAAGCCUGGGCAACGUGGCGAGAUAUCCCCUCUCCACAAAAAUACAAAAAUUAGCCAGGCGAUGUGGGAGGCAUCUCUACUCCCAACUACUCAGGAGGCUGAGGCAGGAGGAUCGCUGGAGCCUGGGAGGUCGGGGCUGCAGGGAGCCCUGAUCCUGCCACUGCGCUCCAGCCGGGGCGACAGAGUGAGACCCUGCCUCAAAAAUAAUCAUAAAUACUGAGUUCGGGGAGGUUCAUUAUGAUUGACGCACUUGAGUUACCGAUUUGGGUCGAGGGUUCAGUGAAGCUUUGGUUUACAUCUUGUGCAGCUAACCAUGUUGAGCAC